AUGUCCGCACAGUCCGGGAAGUCAGUUCAGACUCAUGGCUUCCAGACCUCUAUUGACGUUGCGCGUCAGCAAACGUACGAUGUAACUCCAGUGGCUGGCCAUAAACGACUCGCGGAGUCUUCUGCGGACAACAAGCCGGAAAAGGCCCCAAGUAUACGAGACACCUCCAACGCUCCCAACAACACACGCUUUCGUCAAGGUCAAGGAGUGCCCCUGGGAAAAGUUGAUUUUGUUCGUCCGUCUUUGGUCCCUGGACGUAAUCGUUUAGUCGCCAGCGAGAUCCGCUCCGUGACGGCCACCGUCCCAGGAGCAAAGACCAGACAGCACAACGCAGACCCUGAUCGACAGAAGUAUGAUCAGGAUGGCAUGCUCUUCUUGAAACAUCCUCUAUAUAAUCUGUCUCCUGCGCUGGUCGCCAAUUUUGCUUCCCUUGGAAUCAAGGAAAUCUAUCCUUGGCAGGCGUCUUGUCUACAAGCCCCCGGUUUGCUGGAAGGGACCCGCCAUUUGGUAUACACCGCUCCCACAGGGGGAGGGAAAUCUCUCGUCGCCGAUGUGCUGAUGCUCAAACGCAUCAUCGAGAGACCUUCCUGCAAAGCGAUUCUUGUGCUACCCUACGUCGCUUUGGUCCAGGAGAAACUAAAGUGGCUUAGGCGCAUCGUGCAAGAUGUAGAGAAGUACAUUGACACCGAUGAGGAUCCGAUGGCUCCGCUGAAUCCGUAUCAACAGCGCUGGAAGAAACUGCAGCGUUCAGUUCGGGUGACCGGCUACUUUGGUGGAAGCAAGACAUCGGCGUCUUGGGCGGAUACUGAUAUCGCCGUCUGCACCAUAGAGAAGGUCUAG